ACAAAAUCGAUCAUUUGACUGAAAACCAAAAGCUUUCGAUAUCAUGUAUCAGAGAAGGAAAAGAUGUUUUUAUUGGGACUAAAACCGGCAGUGGCAAAUCGCUAUCUUACGAAGUUGUUCCCAUUAUUUUGGGGGAAAAUGCAGUGACGCUGAUAGUCGCCCCACUUCUGGGAAUAAUGAAAGAACAAGUGGACCAUCUCUCCAGAUUAGGAUAUAAAGCAAUAUACAUAGAACCCACUACGGAUACCGAAGCGGUUGCAAGCGGCUUCUACAACUUUGUUUUUGGGAGUCCAGAGAUAUUGGUUGGAGAUCCAAAAUGGAGGGAUGUUGUCAGAAGUUCAGAACUCGCAACACGACUCAGAUUAAUUGUGGUUGAUGAAGCCCAUACAAUGAUCCAUUGGGGAGAAAGUUCAGGAUCAGAAGAUGCAUUUAGGGAGUGGUUUUCUCACAUUGGGGAAUUGCGUUCCUUAUGUGUAAAGAUGCCCAUUUUAGCUUUAACACCAACCGCUUGCCCUAAGCAUCGAAGAAAAAUCAUGACAAAACUGUGUUUUAGUAAAAACGCAUGUAUCAUUACUGACAGUCCGGAUCGAAAAAACAUUAAAAUCAGUGUGUUGAAAAUUAAAAAUAAUGAGGAUUUCAAAAAUAUUUUUUCAUGGAUUAUCACUGGAUUAUGUGAUGGAUCAAAGGCUUUUCCAAGGCAUUUAAUAUUUUGUAAUUCAAUCAAAGACUGUGCUUCAUUAUAUAUGUUUCUUCUUCAACAAUUUGCAAAAAGUGACUUCUUUGAUAUGUUUCACAGCAAAACAACUGAAUGCAUCAAGGAAAAAAUUAGAAAUGACAUGAAGGAUGAGAAAGGGGUCAUAAGAAUUCUAAUAUGUACAAAUGCAGCUGGCAUGGGUGUCAACUUUUUAGGAGUUUACAAUGUUUUUCACUUUGGACCUCCCAGAGAAAUUGAUACAUAUGUCCAACAAAUGGGACGAGCAGGAAGAGAUGGUGUUCAGUCCCAGGACAUUAUUAUUUACAAACCUGCACAUUUGAAAACACUUGAUGAAGAUAUUAAGAAACUUGUAACAACAGAUCAGUGCCGCAGAGCAGUGUUGACAAAUUCUUAUAUGUGUAGUGAGAAGAUAGAUAUCAAGAAGCACUUGUGUUGUGAUUUAUGUGAAAAGAAAUGUAGUUGUGGAGAAUACACUUGUCCUUAUGUCCAUCCUGCCAAAAUCAACCUUAUUAAUGAUAAUAGUGCAUGUAAUGAUUCCUCCAGUGAAGCCUCUUCUACCGAAGAUGCCAGUGAUCUUUCUGAUAACGAAAUUGAUUAAUAUACACCUUUCAUGAAAAUAAAUGCCAACACUUCAAUCUGUAUUAUUUGAAUAAAUGUGUAUUUUUAUUUACA